AUGCCUGUGUCCGGAUCUCUUAGCAACGUGGACUGGGAACCAAGCUUCUCCACGCUUGCAGUCCACGGCGGCCAAGAGCCCGACCCAGUCAACGGCUCCCGAGCUGUGCCUCUGUACCAGACAGCCGCCUACAACUUUACAGAUGCCGCAGAUGGCGCCAGCAAGUUCGCAUGGAGCAAAGAUGGCUACGUCUACACGCGCAUGGGCAACCCGACCAACAGUGUCUUCGAGACGCGCAUGGCGAUGCUCGAGGGCGGCGUUGGUGCCGUGGCCGCGGCGUCAGGCCACGCCGCGCAGUUCAUGGCCCUGACCAACUGCUGCGAGCCGGGCCAGAACUUUGUUAGCACCAGCUGGCUGUACGGCGGCACGUACAACCAGUUCCGAGUGUACAUGAAGAAGUUCAAGAUCGACGUCAAGUGGGUCGUCGGCAACGAGCCCGCCGAUAUUGACGCCGCCAUUGACGAGAACACGCGAUGCGUCUACAUUGAGACGAUCAGCAACCCGAAGCACAGCGUCCCGGAUAUCAAGGCCAUUGCGGACGUGGCGCACAAGCACGGCAUCCCCCUCAUUGUCGACAACACAUUUGGUAUGGGCGGGUACCUGUGCCAGCCCAUCAAGCAGGGCGCCGACAUUGUCACACACUCUGCUACGAAGUGGAUCGGCGGCCACGGCACAUCGAUGGGCGGUAUCGUCAUCGACGGCGGCCACUUUGACUGGAGCGCGUCGGGCAAGUUCCCCGGGUUCACGGAGCCGGCGGACGGAUACCACGGGCUCAAGUUCUGGGAGACGUACGGGUACAAGGCGCUCUCGGCAAAGCUGCGGAUGGAUAGCAUGCGUGAUCUUGGACCGUGCCUGAGUCCCUUCAACGCCUGGCUUCUGCUCCAGGGUCUGGAGACGCUUGCCCUGAGAGGAGAGAGGCACGCCGAGAACACGCAGAAGCUGGCCGAGUGGCUCGAGGCACACCCCAGCGUCAACUGGGUGCUGUACCCUGGCCUCAAGUCGCAUCCCGACUACGAGUACACCAAGAGGGUGUUUACCAAUGGCGCGGGUGGUGUCUUGACCUUUGGCGUUGCCGGAAACAUCGAACAAGUCCGUUCCGUCGUCGAUAACCUUAAGCUCUGCUCGCACCUGGCCAACGUGGGCGACGCAAAGACGCUCAUCAUCCACCCCUGGGUGACGACGCACCAGCAGCUGCCCGAUGAGGAGAAGAUCAAAGGAGGCGUCACCCCGGACCUCAUACGCGUGUCGGUCGGUAUCGAAGGGUUCGAAGAUAUCAAGAAGGACUUUGAGCAGGCGUUUGACAAGGCCGGGUUGCCGGCGGCGACCAAGGCGGGCGGGGAUCCUUUCUCCAAGGCGCUGAACCUCGUUUCGGGCGGGUUCAUGGGGAAGGCGUCGACGGGCGCGCCUAGGCCUGGGACGGAUGGAACUAUUUCUGUCGAGGCUUGA